AUGCCAGACGGACUUAUUACAAGCAGGUAAGAUAAAGAACAUUUCGUAGCUAUCUUUCUUAGGAUGUUUCGGUGUUGCCUGAUAAUAACACUUGUGAAACACAUCCCCAUCUUUGUUUACUUGUUUUAGCCAGUCCUUGUAUUUCCCUGUACCAGCCCAGGGGUCCCUUUGACUUAGUUGCAACUAUUCACCAAACUAUUGUGCACAUAUUAAUUCAUACCAGCAAGUAGAGAAAUAAAAGUUGUCAUUGACAUGUUUGCUGGAUUCCUUUCUUGAUGUUUACCGUUGGGACAGUGUGGAAUGAUGUUUAUGCAAGAUGUCACUCCACAGUUCUGUUCUUGUAUGAAUCUUGCACUUUGUGCAAUUACUUUUGGUCAAUGUCACAAUGUUUUUCAUCCCAGGCCGUUGCAGAAUGAGGUGACAGGCAUAGAUCUGCAGGUGCCUCUUUACCAGGAGAUCCGUGGUACCAUGAUGACAGGUCAUGUGGAGUACCAGAUCAUUGUGGUGACUCGGCUGGCUGCCUUCAAAUCCGCCAAGCACAAACCUGAAGACAUUGUACAGCUGGUGGUAGGUAGUCAUAGUCCCAUGUAAGUUAGGUGGAAACAUAAGUAUUAGCAUCCUGUCCUUAUUCACCUCAAAGUCACCUCAAACUAACAUUGAAAGUGAUGGUGUAGUAGCUACUGCUUGGUUUGAAAUUGUAGGAACACUUCACUGUAGUAUUGAGUAUGUACAGUAUGCAUUCCUAAACCCUUUAUAACAGCUACAUAAUGCAUAAUCACAUUAAGAUUUUGAACAACAACAAAAUAUACAAUUCUAUCGGCUGGAAUUUAACCCCAAAGCAUUGCUAUAAAGGCUACAGGUGUACCUAGACCCUGCAUGUUUUACAUGUGUUUUGCAGGUUUCAAAGAAAUACAGUGAAAUUGAUGAGUUUUACUACAGACUCAUGGGUCAGUAUCCGAAGAUCACCUUACCAGCCAUGCCUCGCAAGGCCCUGUUUGUAGGCGAGGCAGACAUCCGGGAGCGUAGGGUGGCCUUUGACGAACUGGUCAAGUUCAUCUCCAAGAAUUCCACACUUGCUACUUGCCCAGAGGUGUUGGAGCUCUUAGGUAAUGUACCACAAUCCACUACAGUAAAUAGUAUUUUUUCUAUACAGUUUUUAGACAUUUUAAUAUGCUCUUUCCCACUCGUUCCAACUAAAUAUGGCACCAUGCACUGUUGGCUGGUAAAUGGCUGGAUUUGCUUGUCUCUGACCGAAACUUGCACUUUCUAACUCAUUCACCUACAUUAAUGCCACCCCUCCCAGCUUAAUGCAAACUACAUAGGUCAGAAAACUUUCAACUUUGGGGAGUAGUACUAAUACUACCGCACUGCACCAAACUGUGACGUUAUUAUUUGAACAAUGAGGUUACUGUAUAUCAAGGCGGUCAGGAGUUCAAAACUGACAUGUAUCUGCCUUGCUAGUUAUUUAAGAAAGGUAUGAAUUAUGAACCAACAGAAAAAAAAGCACAGUACUUCCCUGUAGUGUAGAAGUUGCCUUAUUUAAUCAAUAAUAUAUCAUCAUAAAGAAUAUUUGGCUCACAGUUCAUAUUUCUGCAGGGGCGAAGUCCACAAUGGCAGAUCUGAAAACUAGGAACGUUGCAGAUUGGCAGGACCAGGAUAAAGACGAAGGCUUUAAUUUCUUUGAAAGGGAUGAGAUCCCUGCUGCUCCUGCGAGAGUAACCAAACAUGUUCCACCAGUGAAGCCUAGUGAAGAGGAGGAACAUGACGAUGAUGAUGAGUACCUUGGACCUCUAGGCAAUUUAAAGUAAGAACCUUGCUGAGGUUGUGGUCAUCUUAGAUGUUUUUCUCAAUGGUUUUGGCGUCUUCUCAAAUAUCUGUAUACUGGAUGAAGAGAAUUUCAUUUCAGGCUGUAAAUCAACCAAAUUUGAAAAUUGGGAUACUUUCUACAGGCACUGUAUGGUAUUUAACGCCAUCUGUCACCCUUUCCCCCAGGUGCACGAGGCAGAAGAAGAAAACGCCUCCACAGGCUAAAGUGGCUACCCAACCUAAGUUAUCUCUGUUUGAUGAGGCUGAGGAUAUAGAUGACGACUUGUUUCAACUUGCAGCCAAAGACAGUGAGUAUAAAUAUUUAAAUACAGAUUCUGUGUUCCAUUUAUUGCUUCCAUAG